CUUAGGCUUUAAAGAAUUGAAAAUAACUUGACUUUAUAUAAUGAACAAAAAGAGUCUUGCAAUCUUCAUACUAUUACUUCUCAUAGUUGGAGAAACAUUCGCAAGAAGAGCGAGGGGAGGAAAUAGCUACAGACGAAGAGCCAGGAGCUCGAACAAAUCUGGAACUAAAUCCUCUGGAACUUGUAAAGGCAGUUCCAUGACUUGUUUGAUCAUCCCAAUUUCAUGCGUUGGAGGUUUCAUAAUCAUCAUAGUUACAAUUGUGCUGAUUUGGAAAUGAUGGAGAACCAAUAGAAAGAAACGCCAGAACUCAAUGAGCAAUAAGAUCAAAGAAGCUAGGAAAAGAAGACUAAAGCUUGAAAAACUGAGGAGAAAAGACUCUUCAAAGCUGCAAAGGAUGCAUACAAACCAACAAGAGAGAUCCAAGCAGAAACAAGAGAAACCUCAGGAGAAACAAAUUUUAAAUGGGGAAAAUAUCUAUACACCAACGACUGCUGAUAGUAAGAGAACUCAUUUUGUGAUGCCAGGAACUGCAGUGCAGCCAAAUUAUAAUGUAGUUAACCCCUAUGAAGGUAACCACAACCUUCAGCCAGUGCCAGUAACCUAUGACCCAGCCUCUUACGGAGUUGAAUAUGACAGUCAUGUUCAGAUCCCUCCUCAAAGACUCAGUCCAGGUCGCAUCAGAAGAGAUUCUAGCAGAACAUCAAGAAGAAGUUCAUCAAAAAGACUUGGCAACAGGCCUAAGGAUAGAAGAGAUUCUUCAAGAAGAACCAGGACUGAUUCCAGGAAGGUACUUCCUCACCAGAUGGUCAACGAAUCAGAGAGUGACCUCCUAGGCGAGAAGAACAGGUACUAACUACUUGUUAAUAAUCUGGCCUGGUUUAGUUUUUGCUUU